GCGCAUUUCCGGAGAUUUUGCACUUGCGCUUCGUAGCGUGUGUGCGGCAGAGUAGCAGCGGCUUGGGUUGCAGCACUCUACGGCGGCGUCUACAGGCAGCAAGGAGCGGUAGCGGUAAAAGUUGCUGAAGAUUUUUAAGAGCCAAAGAUGGCAGAAGCUGAUUUGGACUUUGAAACUGGAGAUGCAGGUGCUUCUGCCACCUUCCCCAUGCAAUGUUCCGCUCUGCGCAAAAAUGGCUUUGUGGUGUUGAAGGGCCGUCCCUGCAAAAUAGUAGAGAUGUCCACUUCCAAGACUGGGAAACACGGGCAUGCAAAGGUACAUCUGGUUGGAAUAGACAUUUUUACUGGCAAGAAGUAUGAAGAUAUCUGUCCCUCUACCCAUAACAUGGAUGUUCCCAAUAUAAAGAGAAAUGAUUUUCAGGUAACAGUUCUGUCUGCAAUGACCGAGGAGUCUGCUGUAGCUGUGAAAGCAAUGGCUAAAUAAAUCUAACUACAGGGAUGUUAUGCUGGCAGAGACAGGAGCAAGGUCGUACCGGAACAAUUAGCAAGACUUCUGGGUCGAAGAUGGUGAAAGAAAAUUUCCUUCCAAUUAAAGAAAACAUGUUUGGGUUUUGCCUUUUUUCUGUUUUUGUUUCUGUAUUGCCUGGAUUGUGGCCCAGAUGUUUCCCUUCCCAUUGGAAUCUCAUUGAAUCGAAUGAAACAUGGUCCACUGUAGGAGUCUCCUUAGCACAGCUAUCCCCAGAGAAGAAAUGUAAAAUUUGCACUUCAUAUUUAAAUGGACACAUAAGUCAGUAUUUUUUUUUUAAACCUGUGUAUUUAAACGUUUCAUUAUUAAUCUGUUCCCAGUUUGCCUUUUUUUUUCUGGUUCUGAACUUCAUCAAAUUUACUUUACAACUGACGUUUCAUUGCUGCUGCUGUUUCAGCACUAGUGAGUGACUUUUAGGUAAACUGGUACUUGGCCAUGACUGCUUCUGGCUUUGAGCUCUUGUAGAUAACUAGGGAAAGCCCAUCCCUUCAUUGUGUAACAGAGUAACCUGUACAAUGUGGUGCUGUGGGUUCUAGAGACUAAAAGCCCAUUACUUUUAAAUUAUGUAGAGUACUGAACAAGUUGAAUGAAAUGGAGGUGCUUUGCUUUUUUCUAAUUAACAGCUUUCAAAAUUAUCCAGGCUUUGUAAUAUUGCCCAAAUGAAUAUUAUAUCAGAUGAUGAACAUUGAAGUGCCAAGGGAGUCUUUGUCACUGUGCUGUUUCUGAAACCAGUGAAACAGUUGUGUGUAAGGAGCCUGGAUAUUGAAUAUUUCCAUUGCUGGGCUUUGUAGCACUUGUUAAUAAGGUUGUGGAAGCCAACAUGCCUUCUAGGUGUCUGUGCCAAGCAACGUUGGUAAGAUGGUGGUACAAAGUCUUGAUGGUUGGUGGUUCCCAUUUGACACUGCCUGUAUGACACAAUCAUACCUUUUUGUAUAGGGUAUUCAUUUUAUGCCUAUAGUGUUAAUGACAUUAAAAGUCACUCUCUAGCUUUGAAUCAGUUGUGCUGUCGUGAGACAGCUCUUACCAGCUUGUAAAAAAAAAAAAAGCCUCUCCCUGUAUUUUGUUUUUACUCAUCUGUUAUCUUUGUUUAGCAAUGUCAAUAAAAAUUAGAUUUAAUAUGAAA